AUGGUCAAAGAGGUCUCGUCCGCUGUCGAAUUUGACGCUGAGCUCAAUGCGGCUGGCUCCAAGCUCGUCGUCGUCGACUUCCACGCCACAUGGUGCGGACCAUGCAAGGUGAUUGCGCCCAUCUUCCAACGGCUCGCAUCUCAGUACACUAGCGUUGUAUUCCUCAAAGUUGACGUCGAUCGCGUUCAGCCAGUCGCGCAACGAUACAGUGUUUGUGCUAUGCCAACCUUUCUCUUUCUGAAGAACAAAAGCGUCGUCGACACUCUCCAAGGCGCUGACCCCAACCGAUUGACGGCGCUUGUCAAGCAGCAUUCUUCUGGUGCAUCUUUAGCAUUCUCUGGCUCCGGCCAGACACUCUCUGGAGGCAGCAGCUCUUCGUCCAGCUCGUUUGGUGCCCGUGUCGCCGGCAUCACAGACGGUCAUUCUUCGCUCCUCAACACUGUGGAACCGAAACGUUCUUCGGCUUUGAACGAGAAGCCAAACCACCGACUUCAAGACAUCCUUGGCGGUCCUACCGGUGGCAAGUGGCUCGAGAGCGACGCCGACGAGCAACUUCUCAUCCAUUUCACAUUCAAGCAGCAAGUGAAGCUGUCAGGAAUCCUGCUGCGGACACUGCCAUCGCAACUUGCCCAUGCACCCAAAGAGAUCAAGAUCUUCGCUAAUCGACCAGGCCUGAGCUUUGACGAUGCUACUGCCGACAAGGGCGACCAGGAAGCCGAGCUUUCCGAAGAUUUUGUUCGCGGAGGAGAAAAUGGUGGCGGCGGAAAGGCGCUAUCGCUCCGAUUCGUCAAGUUUCAGAAAGUGGACUCGCUCACCAUUGCCGUUCUCACCAAUCAGAGUGACGCAGAAACUACACGCAUCGACGCAAUCGACCUUUACGGCGUCGCGGACCAGACCACGGAUAUGAGCGAAUUGCAAAAGAUCGCUGCUGAAGGCGGAGAUCGCGAUUUCGACUUUCGCACCGCAUCAAAGACCGGUCUCAAGGGCGGAAGCUCGUCACGCAGCGCAAGGACAGGUUUCCAUGGUCCAAGAAGCUCGUCGAUCCCAGAUAUGUCGACGCCUGCCGAACCUCCUCUGCGGCCUGCCCGGUCGCAUUCGACCUCCAGUCUCAACUCUGCCUUGCCCAGAUAUAGACGAACAACCUCCUCGACAUCGGUACCCCCGAUGCAGCAUGUCGACGAGGAAGACGGGAACGACUAUGCUGAUGACGGCAACUAUUCAAGACACAGCCAGCCGCAAACAGCCUUUGUCCCGCAAGCGCCUCCUUCGCUAUCCGAAGAGGAACAGGCAGAGUUUGAAGCUGCUCAAAAAGCCGCGAGCGAAACUCUCGGAGGCUGGCACUACGCUCCGCUGGCUGUAGCGCUCGCGCCUCCGCUUGGCUCGUUGCUUGGCGGUCAUUCCGACGCAUGGUCUGAUGCGAUCCUGCUGAUCCUCGCCAGCUUCUGGUUGUACCAGUUCCUUCGGGUACCGUGGGAAAUCUACUAUGCUUCCAGGACCCGAAGCAUUCUUACGCACGAUCAAGACCAAGACGAGAUCGAGCAUGCUGAGCAAGUGACUCUGGACGGAUCGCCAUCGUCUGCCCCCGAGUCUUCCGAGACAGGCGUACAGAAGGAAGUCCGUCGAGCAGCUGCUGCCGAGCUUCGACGCUCCGAGCUACUCAGCCUCGUCUUUUGCAUGCUGAGCCCCAUUAUGGGCGCGUACAUGCUCCACUGGAUGCGCGAAACCAUGACAGACGGCAACAAGUACCUCAACACUUUCAACAUUCGCCUCUUUACCCUCGCUGCUGGUAUCAAGCCUUGGUCGCACGCCAUGAGCCUUGUUCGACGCAGAAUGCUGCAUCUGCAGGAAGAGGUUCACUAUCCCUCUUCCAAGGUCGAAAAGAUGAACCAACGGCUUCGUCGCUUGGAGGCCGACCUUUCGAGCCUGCGCAAGCUGUACGCCACCAAAACCGAACUGCGACUUUUGCGAGAGCACGAUGCCGAGCUUGGUCGAGCGUUGCGUCGCUCCGAGAGAAAGGAAGAACAUCUUAGGCUAUCUGCAGAAGAGAAGUUCAGCAUCGUAGAGGGUAGGCUCGAGGACCUUCUUCGCGAGGUAGCCAUCAAUGCAGAAUUGAUCGAAGAGGAGCGCAGAGAAAGGGAACGAGCUGCUAGUCUACGCAUUUCGCUCUUUGAGGCGAUCAAGUACCUUCUAGGCUCAGGUCUUACAAUCCGUCGUGCGAGCCCAAAGCACUAUCUGCACGACAUGCCUCGCAGCCUUCCAUCUACAGCUUCUCUUGGCAUUGGAGCGCAGUCUGCGGAAGCCGACCUGAACAUGGAAGCACACACGCCAGGCGCACCUCUGCCUGCUUCUGUUCCAAUUGUCAGCCCGACGCGACCACCUCGUACCAUUGCAAGCGCUACUCCGGACAGGCCAUCUUCUUCCAGUAGAGGCUUGGCAAGCAUCCAGAGUGAGCAGCCUGCUGCUGCCAAUGUCGUAAAUCGCCCGGAUCAUCCCAAGGUUGGUGCGGUAGUCGAACGAUCUCGGUCACGAAACAACGCUCACCACAUUUCCGACCCCUGGUGGGAACGUGGCGCAGCAUUCUACCUCUUUCUCCCACUCAAUGUCUCGAGCGCGGCUGUCCGUUUCGCAGGCGAAAAGGUGAAACACAUUUUGGAGGACUCGGAGAACGAGGCGGCAAGAAAUCAAAGGAAGACACUCCAAUACCAAAAACAUCUCGCGGAUCAGCAGCUCCAGCAGCAUCAGCGCAAAAUCUCACAGAAGCAGUAUCAGCACCAGCCGAUGCUCAGUCCCACUCGAAAUCGCGCAGACGCUUCUACAAUCAAGAUUGCGUCGGCAUCUGCCAACCCUCGCACUCGUUGA